AUGAGAAGUUCGAUUGAGUACAUGAAACAACGCAUCAGCUACAUCGAAAACAAGAAUUCUCGCAACGACCAUGUGGAGACAACACCUCCUUACCAUCAUACCUUUCAACAACAACCGGGUAUUCCAGAACAGUCAGGCGCUUCAGCAAGCAGCAUCAAUGUUGCCCCAUCUGGGACGGGGUCGAAUGUUGCCGUCAAUGAAGUCGAGUACCUUUCGCUAGCCGCUAUGAGCGGAGGUGGCGCGAACGAUCAGACUCACUGGCAGAGUUCGACUCUAAAACAGUUAAUGGAAAGCGUUAUUUCCAUUCAGGGCAUCAAUCCAGCCUCUGUGACAAUGGACGUUAUACCAGCCAUGCAGAACAUGUUGUCUCUGUCUGAUUUGCAAUCAGGAAUCACGGCAGUGACUCGGAAGGACUGCCAUUUUCUCAUUCGAAAUUUUGCUCGCAGCUUUCCAUGCAUUUCUGAGCAGGAAAGCUUGACUGCAUUCGACACAGCGGUACGCUCCGAGGAGAGCGCCACAGAUUCGGAGUCAGCACUAGCACCGACCCCUGGUGUAAUAGCCAUAGCAAGCUCCGCUCUGGCAUUAGGCGGGAUUAUAUCCCCUUUCCAUAGCAAUCUGCAACUCCAGUUGUUGGCGCUAGUCGAUAAGGCUAAGCGGGCACUUCCCGUCAUCCUGACCACAAUGGUGGACGCCACGGCUAUUCAAUGCCUCACUCUCCAAAGCAUGCUGUCGUUGUACUUUCCGUCUGCUGGUUCGGCGUGGCAUCUUUUGGGCCUUGCAUUGACUAGAGCGAUUUCUGCUGGACUACAUCAAGCCUCUUCUCACACUUCAGCUGGGGAGGACAGCUAUACAACGAACAUCUUUUGGACUUUGUAUCUUCUUGAUCGAACGCUUGCGCAUACCAUGGGUCGACCUUUUGGACUCAUGGAUGACGAUAUUGCACUGAAGUUCCCAGAGGUGCCGGCGCAUCAUUCGCUCGAUGACACUGCUACUGUAUCGAAGGCCAUAUUCACGCUGAAGUUACAUCACGCUCUUUUACUAUCUCGAUGGCGUCAGUCACCAGUGUUUGACCUAGCUACGCUUAUCUCCAGCUAUGAAUACUGGAGAGAUUCUUACCACGAAAUGUGUGAGCACUUCAUCGAACUCGAAAUCGCAGAGCGACAGGACGAGGACGUUCACGCGCUCUCAGGAGACGUUAGUCGUAAAGAUGAAGCACAGCUUUCAUGCCGCGCUCUGGUUCAACUCCUCGCUCGAGCUACAGAGAAGCCACCUGCUGAUCACGACUCACUUGUCCGGCUCAAGCAGUACAUUGUUACAGAGGCGCCACGACUCAUCGAUACUGUCCACGAGGGCAUCGAUAGCGGUAAUGCCGCGUGUACAUUCCUUGACGGACACGACGCAUUUGCCGCAGCUAUCGUGUACGUAUUCAGCACCUACGAAACACGUCAACCAUCCUCAUUUCGAUUGGAUGUAUCGCAAAUGCGGACAGUUGGUGCUUGCAUAGCCAUCAUUCAGUAUACUGCACGACAAUUCAAGCCCAUGCGCAGCUUGAUAAAUGUCAUAUGGGCCUUGCUACACACUCUUGAAGCGAAGGCUACUUUGGGGGAUGGCGUUGAACUAUUCAAAGAAAUGUCUGGUUGUGAGGUUCUGAUUCCCAAGCAUAUUGGUAUGUUGCUCGAGAUGAUCAUUUCGAUGUAA